GGACUCCGAUUGCCCCUCUCGUUCGGGUUCUUUCACAUUACGGCAUGUGCCCCUUUAGGCUUUCUCCUGAGGGGUGGGUUGCCUUAGUUAGCUUCUUCAUUUUCUGGUGUAUGCAAGGCUUUGAGACCUUCCCAACUAUUUCUGAGCUCGUCUAUUUCCUUGACCUGUCCUUCGAUUUUCCUCCUUUCUUCAGCUCCCUCUCUUUUAAGUGGUAUUUUCAUCCACCGCUUGUUGCUAACAUUCCUUCUUCCCCUGAGGGAUGGACCCAACUCUUCUUCUUUGUCUCCGAGGACUCCUCAGAGCCUGCUGUGGGUAGAGACUGUGCUGUCUGGAUCCCUCGCUCUUAGGGAAGCUUUCGGGGGAGAGGUAAACUUUUCCUGUUGAUUUCUGACUAGCCAAACUUCAAUGGUAGGUGCUAUG